GGUAAAUAAGUCGGGUUUCGUCCACAUUUCACGUUGUACGGUACACACUGUCGCCACGACUUAGUCACCGGCAGGUCAGCAAAUAUGGAUGAAAAUAUGAAUAUCUUGAAUAAAUUAAUAAGUAUAGGACUCAGUGAGCAAAAAGCAAAAGAAACUGCAAAAAAUGAAAAACUUUGCAACCAAUUAAUAGAAAUCAUAAAUACUGCUACUAAGUAUUCACCAAAAGGAAUAUCUAAAUCAACUGGAAACUUAUUGUAUAAGAUUGGAACAUCAAUCAAGCCUCAAAUACAAUCUAAAGUUGAGUUACUUGUGAAAUAUGUUGCAGAAGAGAAACUUAAUACUGAAAUCAAAGUUAAUGCUGCUAUCAAAUACUUGAUGGAUCAUACUGAAGAAAAUGUUGAUAUUAAAAAUUUUGAAACAGCCUCUGGAGUUGGAAUUUCCGUGUCUCCUGAAGAAAUAGAAAAAGUUGUUGAAAAAAUAAUUGCUAGUCACAAAGAGGAACUUCUUGAAAAACGAUAUACUUUCAAUAUGGGAAUUCUCAUGGCUGCUGCUCGAUCUGAACUUCCUUUUGCUGAUGGUAAAUGGAUUAAGAAUGAAGUUGAUAUCCAAAUUUUAGAUCUCUUAGGACCAAAAGACAGCUCUAAUAAUCAAAAAGCAGCUAAAACAAAGGUAAAAGAAAAGAAGAAAGAAGCUACAUCAUCUGAAACUGAAAUUCCGAAAGAAGAAGAACCUCGAACUAUUACAAGCAUGAUGAAGAGACUAAAUUUCCACAAACCUGGAGAAAAUUAUAAAACUGAUGGCUAUGUUAUUACUCCAAAUACUAUGAAUCUUCUUAAAAAGCAUUUGGAAGAGACAAAAGGACAGGUAAGAACAAGAUUUCCACCUGAACCAAAUGGAAUUUUACAUAUAGGGCAUGCAAAAGCUGUUAAUAUUAAUUUUGGAUAUGCUGAAGCUCAUGGUGGUCUCUGUAUUUUAAGAUAUGAUGAUACAAAUCCAGAGAAAGAAGAAGAAAAGUAUUUUAAUGAAAUUCUUGAAAUGGUUCGAUGGUUAGGGUAUGAACCAGCAAUGAUAUCACAUUCUUCCGAUUACUUUGACCAGUUAUAUGAGUAUGCUUGCACUUUGAUUAAAAAAGACUUGGCUUAUGUUUGUCACCAAAAGCAAGAAGAACUUAAAGGCUUCAAUCCCCCUCCAUCUCCUUGGAGAAAUCGUCCUGUGGAAGAAAGUCUUCAGUUAUUUCAGGAUAUGAAAAAUGGUAAAAUAGGUGAAGGAGAGGCAACAUUACGCAUGAAAGUAACAUUGGAAGAAGGUAAACAAGAUCCUGUUGCAUAUCGUAUUAAAUUUUUACCUCAUCAUAGGACAGGAAAUAAAUGGUGCAUAUAUCCUACUUAUGACUUUACUCAUUGCCUUUGUGAUUCUAUUGAAAACAUCACACAUUCUUUGUGUACAAAAGAAUUCCAGUCUAGACGAUCUUCAUACUACUGGCUAUGUAAUGCUUUGGACAUUUAUUGCCCGGUCCAGUGGGAAUAUGGACGUUUAAAUAUGAAUUAUACUGUGAUAUCAAAGCGUAAAAUCCUUAAAUUGAUAUCUGAAGGAAUUAUAAGGGAUUGGGACGAUCCAAGGCUUUUUACUCUAACUGCUUUACGACGAAGGGGUGUACCGGCUGAAGCCAUACAAAAAUUUUGUGUUGAGCUUGGAGUUACUGGAGCACAGUCUAUUGUUGAUCCCCAAAUGUUGGAGGCCCAUGUGAGAGAUGUCCUCAAUAAUACUGCACCAAGAACCAUGGCUAUUGUUGAACCAUUGAAAGUUCGAAUUAGCUUACCUUGCAAAACCCCUAUCGUGAUUGAUGUUCCUGAUUUUCCUGCAGAUCCCUCUAGAGGACAUCAUAAAGUGACAUUUUCAGAUGUAAUUUACAUUGAUCAGUCGGAUUUUAGAGAGAUUCUGCCCAAUAACCAAUAUAAGAGACUGACUAUUGGGCAACCUGUUGGACUAAGGCAUGCUGGAUAUGUUAUUUCAGUUACCGAAGUUAUAAAGGAUGGAAAUAAUCAAAUAAUUGAGGUCCAAACUAUUGGCACACCUGUUGCUGUAAGCAAAAGACCAAAAGCUUUCAUUCAUUGGGUUUCAGAACCUGUUACUUGUGAAGUCCGACUGUAUGAACGAUUAUUCAAUCAUAAAAAUCCAGAAGACGCAAAAGAAGUACCAGGUGGAUUUAUUACAGAUUGCAAUCCUAAUUCACUUCAAUGUUUUAAAAAUGCGAUGGUGGACAAAUAUGUGAUAGGAGCUAAAGUUUAUGAUAAAUUCCAAUUUGAAAGAGUGGGUUUCUUCAGUGUUGAUCCAGAUUCUACACCAGAUAAAUUAGUUUUCAAUCAAACUGUUAGCCUUAAAGAAGAUGCUGGAAAAGAGUGAUACCCAUGAGGACUACAUUUUUUUAAAAGAUUGAAUAAAUUCAAAAUAAUUGCA